AAUAACUGUUCAUUUCCGGGAGAAAUAUGUGUCCCUAAUUUGGAAGAAAGUCAGCAAAAUAGUAAAAUUGUCCCGCAAUAUCAUAGACUGCUUCUUUAGAAUUUGUCGGAAAAUUUUGAAAAUUUCAUUUUGCGGCCGACAUGUCGUUAAAGAAAGAAACUCCCUCAGAUCAGCAGCUUCAUUUAGCAGCCUUACAAGGCAACUUCGAACAGCUGAAAAAAGUCCUUGACUCUGGAAAAGUUCAUGUUGAUUGCAAAGAUAAAGAAGGUACGACACCAUUGAUUCUUGCUGCGGCCAAUAAUCAUAUAGAAUGUGUGAAGGAGUUACUGAAAAAUGGUGCUGAUGGUGCUGCAAGGAGAUUGACUGGGACCUGUGCAUUAUUUUUUGCCGCCCAGGGAGGAUUUCAGGACAUUGUUAAAUUACUGUUAGACAAUAACGUACCAGUGGAUAUACCUAGUUAUGAUGGUGGCACACCGCUGUUUGUAGCAUGUCAGUGUAAUCAUUUAGAUGUAGUAAAAGAACUGCUUGACCGUGGGGCAGACAUACACGCCCAAAUGGUAGAUGGAGCUACGCCCUUGUUUAUUACAGCACAGAAUGGACAUAACCACCUUCUUUCCUUCCUUAUCAAACAUGGAGCUGAAGUUGACGUGAAAAGAAAGGACAAUGCAACUCCACUUUGGAUAGCUUCACAGAUGGGACAUUUGAAUAUUGUUAGAGAAUUACUGAACAAUGGUGCUAAAGUUGAUACAGAAAGGGAGGAUGGUGCUACCCCACUGUUCAAGGCUUGUCAUAAAGGGCAUUUAGAAGUUGCUGAAGAAUUACUCAAACAUGGAUCUUCGGUAGGAUUAUUAAAGAAUGGAGAGACACCACUACAUGCAGCCUCGUUAUUUGGUCAUAUGAAGAUAAGUAGAUUAUUGAUGGCAUAUGGGGCUGAUAAACAUAUGAAAAAUAAGGAAGGACAGACACCUUCUGAGUUGGCUCGAGAAGCUGGGUACGAUUACAUUGCAAAAUACAUAGAAGGUUACACUCCGAUGACAAACGGCAAGGCAGAUCCUAAUUCAUGAUAGAUAACUCUUCCUUAUCUCUCCGAUGAUUCCUGAAAAUGCAAAGAGAUUAUCAUGCUGGAUAUAAAAAAAGAUUGUGUUCCAAGUAAAACAUAUUUAUACCGAUUAAUUGUUGAAAUUUCAUCACAUGGACAUUUUUUUCUUUAAUGGACUCUUUUAAUUUUGUUACCUCAGUGUGGUACUAUUUUAUACAAAUUAAGAUAAAGGUGUUCGUUCUUGUAUAAAAUUUAAAUUACGGUAAGUACAGUUCAUACAUGGUUGAUACCUGUAAGCUGUUUUAAGAUCUGUGAUAAUGUUUGGCCAGUUAGUCAGUUAAAAUAUAUGGUACUGAAUCAUUCUUUAAUGUAUAAGGCUGAAACUUGAAAAAAAUAUAAAUACAUUUGUAUAAUAAAAGACAUCCAAGUGACAAAAUAUUAUAAAAAUGUAUUUGGCAUGUUUUUUUUUUAGAUAGUUUUGGACUUUAAAGAAAAGCACUUCUAUUAUAUCUAAAAAUGUGAUUUUUUCCUAUAUUACAUCUUACCUUUUUUAAGUAUAUGUAAAAGAAAAAGUUUUUUUUUCCUACAAAGUAUGAUAUUUUUCCCUGUGUUCUUUAGAAACAUGGAAUAAAAUUUGUGUUGCAAAAAGCAUUGUAACAUAGAGAAAAGGGAAAUUUUUUUUUAGUUUUUGUUCAUUUUAUCAUUGUAAGAAUAAAGUCAUUUAUAGAUAUACUUCAUAUUUAGUGAUAUGCACCAGAAAACCAUUUGCACAGGUCUGUUCAGUUUGUUAAAUGAGCUAUUGUUAUUGAUAAUUGAAUUUUUAACCUGCCUUCUGAAGGCAACAUCAUUAAAUAUUUCAUUUUCAAACACAUCAUUUCAUUUGACUCUUUCCUGCGUAAAAUCUAAAAAGCUUUGAAAUUGUAUUUGGAAUAGGAUAUUUAAAAUUCAUAAAAUGGGUCAAAAUGACAGUUGAAGAAUUGUUAAUAAUUAAUUAAAAAUUAUGUUUGAAAUUUGUUCCAGCCUUGAUAUUUUCCAAUGUACAAUUAAGUACUGUUGUUUUUCACUGGAUUAUUUUAAUAUGAUAUUAUUAAUAACAUUUUGCUAGCUUGAAGAUGUGCUAGUGGCUAGUGAUUUGUUUGUUAUAAUGUGCCAAUAUUGUAUUUUUUAAAAAGCUACGCAAUGAGUGAGAGAGACUUAAAGUAUCCCCAAAACCGGUUAUGAACUAUUAUCCUUUUUGCUUGUAUUUGCUUGAUUGAUAUACACGUAAUUGCAUUUAAAUUAGUCUGUUAAAGGGACUCUAUUUAGGUUUCUUUUAUAAACCAACUGGUACACUUAAAAUGGAAAUCUAUGUACUCCUUAGUAUAUAAAUAUGUUUAGUAUUAAAUUGAUAAUCAAUUUUUUAAUGGCAAUUUUGGGCUGAUUUCAGUGAAAAGCAUUUCAACACUUUCCAAUUUCUGGUCAAUUUGCACAAUGAAAUUUAUUAUCCCUGGGAAAUAGAGUGAAGGAAUGAUCUGAAAUUUUGUACACAAGUUACUGGUCAAGAUCUACAUCCAGUUAUACAAAAAUCUUGAAAAAAAAUGUUUAUAGUCCCUUCAUGUUUAAAAGUCUUAGUGGAGUCCCUUUAAUUAUCUGUCUUAAGCAUUAAUGAUGAACAGAAUAAAUACGGGGUCCUUUUUCAUUCUUGUUUAGUUUUUGACCAUAAUUGUUAAAAAUUGAAAGUGAAAAAAUGAAUCGGGUUCUUAAAUAUACAAAAAAUAU